AAUCGGCAGAUGGGCGCCGCGGAGGAGAGUGAAGGGGAGGCGGCGCUAUAAAAGCCCUCGAUAAGGACCAUCGACACGUCUUCGAGGCAAUUCUCACGAUGAAACUCCUGCUGGCGGCGCUGUUGGUCGGGGUCCUUGCCUUGGGCGUGCGGGCGAGGCCGGAUGUGAGCUCCUUCUCCAGCUCCUCCAUCGGCGGUCACACCUCCUCCUCCUCCUCGUUCGUCGGCCACGGCUCCUCCGGCGGGUCCGGCGGCGGGGGCUAUCGGCCACCGCCUAGUCCUAGCGCUGGAGGCUACGGCUCCUCCCGCGGCUCCGCAAGCGGCACCGCGACGAUAAACUUCAACUUGGGUGCGUCGAAAAGCGGCGGAAGUGGCUAUGGAAAGUAAAUCCGAAUAAACUUGACCAAGAUUAUGAGAGAUGGAAAAGGAAAUUUAAGAUUCACAUGUUAUCAAUGAAAUUCAUUUGGGUCUAUGGACUAAAAUUGUUUAUAAGCUCCAAGGAAUCGAAACACAAACAUUUAAAUCAUCACCUGUUGAGGAUUUUAGUCAUGGGAGUAAGUUCGGCGUCAGUCUGCCCGCUGCGUUCAGAUGGGAAAAGACGAGUGUCCUUUCGGAGCUGACUGGCACAUGACAGAUGACUAAGAUGUAAUCACAGAAAUCAUGGAUUUAAAGCAAAAUACUUAAACAUUGGCCGUUGUUUUUGGUGCUGAGGCGGCGGAGGAAUUCUAAAAACAUUCUCAUAGUUGAGCUUCUCAUGAUGUUAAAAGCAUUGUCAGGAAUAAUAUUUCUUCCAUGCAGCCGCCAAUCCAAAAAUAAAUGUUUUCAUUUA